CACCCAUGGGUCACAGGGGAGGAGGGGGGAGAGCAGGUCUGAAACAUGCACUGUGAAUGUGCAAAGUUUGGUUACGAGGCACAAGGUCGUCUGGGUCUUGCAGCAAAACUUGCCAAGCUUCGAAAAUCUUUGAGCCAGCUCAGGCUCAAUGUUGGCUCAACUCCCUGUGAGUAUCAGCUCAGCCCUGCUGGGUUUCAGGUGGUGACCAGCUGGUUUUUACCCACUGGGCAGUACAGCUUGGGCACUCCUUGGUGUUGUGCUCCAGAGUUUCGGUGGUUGUUAAAAUUCAGAGCACAACUCGAGCAGCUCAACCGAUCCCUGGCGUAAUCCUGUUGGCUUAAUGAGUUUAUUCUGAAGCUGACUUUGCCCCAGAGAGCAAGGAGUGUGUAGGCACACACAGCCAUGCCAGAACAUUUGCAUGAGCCCGUGAACAGCUCAAGCUGCAAAGGAUUUGGAAAGUGGAAAAUCUUAGUGUUUCAGUCAGGUGUGUAUUGUGUCUAGUUGAUCCAGUCCCACAAUUCUUAACUAGCACAGCCCAAGCUGUCCUGUAUAGUUGAAGUCUUUAGAUUUGGGCAAAUACACUCUCCCUGGGUGUAAGAAUUUCCUAUAUAGCUGAAGUGCCACACACUGUAGUGAGAGCAGAGCCAUGUUCUGCUAAGUACUGUAGUUUAAUUAAUUUGCCAUCUGAAUUAACAAUAGGCACAAAGGACUGAGGAAGGGAAUCCUUUCCUCCUAGUGAAGGGGUGGGGAACAGGGAGACUGGAGGGAUAUGGCCAAAAGCCCAGGGAAAGAAUGUGAAGCAGCCAGGCAUUGAGUGAAACUGCCCUGAGGCCCAGACAGACCACUCUCUUAACAUUUACAGCUCUCUCCCCCUCUUUCUGUGUUUGGGAAUGAAUUUAAUUAGAGUGAAAAGGAGUUGCUAAGAGACCAGAGGAGUUCUGGAGUUUGUUGCUGGGGCUGAAUUGCCUCUCUGCUUCCAAGGCACUGUGCUAAGAAGGAUGAUGUAACAUGAGCCUGCAUAAAGCACUCCCAGCUCUAGGGAAAGCUGCUCUCUCCUCCUUGCAGUUCCAGUCUGGUUUGACCAUCCAUAGGGAUAUGAUGAUUAGGAAGGCAACCUCCAGCCUGGCAAGACACCUGUCCAUGGCACACGGGAUCAACCAGGUGAGAAGAUUUCUGCAUGGUGGUUAUGUCAGGAUUCAUCCCUCUGUGCAGGAGGCUCUGGUGGAAGGGAGACCCGUGGUGGCCUUGGAAAGCACCAUCAUCACACAUGGCAUGGCCUAUCCUCUGAAUCUGAGUGUGGCCAGAGAGGUGGAAGGAAUUGUAAGAACAAAUGGAGCAGUGCCAGCCACUGUGGGUAUUUUAAGGGGACAAAUCCACGUGGGACUCACAGACGAGGAACUCGAGUUCUUGGCGAGCAGUAAAAAUGCGGUUAAAGUGUCUCGCAGAGAUUUUCCUUUUGUCCUCAGCCAGGGCUUGUCUGGAGGCACUACCGUGUCUGGAACAAUGAUUGCAGCACACAAAGCAGGAAUUCCUGUGUUUGUGUCAGGUGGCAUUGGAGGUGUCCAUCGGGAUGGGGAGAACACUCUGGAUGUGAGUGCUGACCUGACAGAGCUGGGACGAACUCCAGUCGCUGUUGUAGCUGCAGGAGCCAAGUCUAUCCUUGAUAUUGGCAGGACACUGGAAUAUCUGGAGACUCAGGGGGUGUGUGUGGCUGCCUUUGGAGAAUCAAGAGAGUUCCCAGCCUUCUUCUCACGCCAGAGUGGCUUCCAAGCACCCUAUCAUGUCCGGGAUGAAGAGGAGGCAGCCAAACUCAUUGACAGUGCCCUGGGGCUGGGCCUGAGCACUGGGGUGCUGAUAGCAGUGCCCUGUCCCCAGGAGAGAGCUGCAGAGGGCCAGGCCAUCGAAGAGGCCAUCCAGCAAGCUCUCAGCCAAGCCAGGUCCAAAGGAAUCACAGGCAAAGAGGUGACCCCCUUUUUGCUACAGAAGCUCAUUGAGUUAACUGAUGGGAAAUCAUUGGACUCCAACCUUGCACUGAUCCAGAACAAUGCCAGAGUGGGCAGCUGCAUUGCAGUGGCCCUGAGCAAACUGCAGAAAGCCAGAAGGAAAAGGAACCUGCCUGGGCCAGGGGACAAGAGAGCACCACAACCAGUGGUGAUUGGCGGGAUCAACGUUGACUUCAUAGCCAAGGCACAGAACCCUGACAUCCUGGGCGGUGGGCAAACAAAUGCUGGAAGAGUGAGAAGAACCUUUGGUGGUGUUGGAAGGAACUUGGCAGACUGUUUGAGCCGUCUUGGACAAGCUCCUCUCCUCUUAUCAGCCGUGGGGAAGGAUGAGCAUUUGGAGUCUGUCCUGCACUACUGCCACCACAUGGACAUGAGCAGCAUCCGCCAGCUGGAGGGGAGGAGCACAGCCACUUACUGCGCUGUGAUCACCGGUGCUGGGGAGCUCAGCGUUGGCUUGGGAGACAUGGACAUCCACCAGCAGAUAACAGAGCAAUAUGUGUCCCAGUUCAAGGAGAAGCUGUGUCAGGCCCCACUUGUUUGCAUGGAUGGAAAUUUGCCUCUCUCCACUAUUCAGUACGUCUGCCAGCUGGCUAGAGAGCACCAGCUAGCAGUGUGCUAUGAGCCAACAGAUGAGAACAAAGCCUCUAAGCCAUUCCUGUCAGACAGCUGGAAAGCCCUCACGUACAUUUCCCCCAACCUGCAAGAGCUGAGAGCAAUAAAUCGGACCCUGGGGAACCCUCUGCCAGCAGAGCUGCCAUCCAGCUUGGAGGAUGUUGUCCAGGCUGCAGUAGCCCUGGCCUGCCCUUUGCUGGCCCACCUGCACUGUGUGGUGGUGACCCUCGGUGCUCACGGCGUCCUCCUGUGUGGCAAGAGCCUGGGAGGGAGCAUCUCCCUCUAUCCAGGAGCUCAUGAGCAGACUGCUGCUGCCAGGCUCUGUGCUGCCCACUACCCUGCCAUCCCCAUCAGCAGGGAGGAGAUAGUCAACGUCUCGGGAGCUGGUGACAGCUUAAUGGCAGGAAUCCUUGCAGGGAUGCUGGCUGGACAUGACACAGGCACCUGUGUCCGGAUGGGGCUGCUGGCUGCCAGCUUGUCUCUCCGCUCCUACGAGCCCAUUUCCCCAGAAAUCAGCACUUCCAGUGUCAGCCAGGAGCAAGUCCAGAGCAGGAGCUGGCCAGAGGUGAAGUUACGGAAUAUGGACUAGAGCACUGUGGCUUUCUCAUCUGGCACCUCACUGCACUCGCAGCAUUCCUACUUUCAAGAACUGGACUGUGUUUUGAGCUUUGAGAACAAUCUGCUUUGGUCCUGAGUAAACCCUCAGGAGAGGAGGCCCCAACCCAGGGAACUUGUGUGGAAUGAAAAGCUGAUUUCUGGUCUUUCAGACCUCCUGGUUUUCUGACCUCCAGGCCUUCUAGAUUUUCUAUUGAGGGAUUCUUUUCUUCCUGCACUUUGUGUCUCUGUUGUCCAUUAUCACAGUAGCUCCUCUGUCAUUGACUCCUGGAUCUUCAGGACCACGUCCCUUCAGCUGGGCUCAGCAGCAACCUCUGCUCUUGCAGCUUACUCUUUCCUAUCCAAGAUAUCCCACAGAUUCCAACCUGUGGUGGGGUGCAGCUGGCAGGAACAUGACACUGUAGGACAGCCUCAUCCAUCUUCCCAAGCCUGCCAGCACACACCACACCUUCUUGCUCUGAGGCCAAAUGCCCCUGGAGAAUGUAGGCAAGACAAAGUAAAGAAGGGGACAGCUGGUGGCCUUUAAAAGAUGACAGCCCCUUGUUCCACAUGCUUUCCUCUGAACCUGGGGUUUCCUUCCUUUUUCAUUCCUGAGUAUCAAGUCUGAAAUGAAAGAGAUCAGAGGGAGCAAAGCAUCUCCCAUGGAAGGCACGAGGAAAAGUCACCUUCUCUCUCUAAGCAUGUAACGUGCACAGGAUGCAACCGUGGGUGCCAACAGUUUGGUGAGCACUGAAACUCAUUAAAACUGAUUUCUAGUAGA